GCCGGCUAUGACUUAAGUCACGCCCCGAGUCGCGCCAACUAGAUCGCUUCGUUCGACGCGCAUCGAAACCGUCUCAGUAAUUGUUGCGUGGUGUUUGCACCAAGACUGACCACCAAUUCGACUUAUAACAGUGGCACACGGUUUUGUAUACAAGAAUUAAAGUAAAUUGUGUACAAUCGUCGUGGUGUUUGUAUAUACAAUAUUUGUGUAUACAAGUAGUUACGGGUAUCAAAUGUUUGUAAUAUAAAGAAAUUGUUUAUGUAUUGGAUAAAUGUUUAAAAUAUGAUGAAGGAACAAAUGGCUGAAGUUAGCGCGUCGUCCACAGUGCUCCAACAAAACAUCAACAUACAACAGCACCUGCAUAAUCUGCAUAUACAUCAAAACCAUACCAGUGUAAUUUUGAACAACGAAACCAGCAGCCCACCUAAUGUGUCCCCGGAGAGUACUAGUAGUAGCCAGGAGGAGAAACCUUCGAGUUCGGAUAAAAAGUCAGGUAUAAGACGGCAAGAAAAACCUCCGUAUUCAUACAUCGCCUUGAUAGUGAUGGCAAUCCAGCACUCGCCACACAAAAGACUAACUCUUAGCGAAAUCUACACCUUCCUGCAACAACGGUUUCCGUUCUUCCGCGGUGCCUAUCAAGGCUGGAAAAACUCCGUACGUCACAAUCUCUCGCUGAACGAGUGCUUCAUCAAACUGCCCAAAGGUCUGGGUCGUCCAGGGAAGGGGCAUUACUGGACCAUAGAUCCAGCAAGCGAGUUCAUGUUCGAGGAAGGAUCUUUUAGAAGACGACCUAGAGGUUUCCGCCGCAAAUGUCAAGCGAUGAAACCCCAGUACUCCCCCGCGUUCUACCCCAACAUGGUGCAGCAAUCGUACGAGCAGAACUUGGUCAACCAGCAGGAUUACUCCUACAACUCGGCCGCCCCCCAGGUAUCCGCCGCCACUUCGCAUUACUCGAACUACGAUUACGGCGCGGCGGUGUACCAGCAGCCUUGCGAGAGGGAUUGGGGGGCGGCCGCCGCCGCCGGGGGGCUGCCGCUGUACGGCGGCGACGGGUUGGGGAACGGGUAUCUGAAGACUUCGCUGAGCCCAAUUCCGGAUAAUCAGAAUACUCCGCCGCCGUCGCAAGAGGGGUACUAUCAGUAUGGAAACAUGCCGUCUUCUACAACUGAUUUAAUGAGAGUUAACAACUCAAUGCAGCAAAUACAGUGCGACAGGAAACCGUACUUGAGCCCCCCUCCCCCAUCGAUCCCCACAUCACACCCCUCCCCGCCGGCAGCAAAUACCCCCCAUUCGUAUUUUGAACAGUCGGUGAAAUACCCAAUGUAAAAUAAUUACAAAAAAAACAUUGGUACUGUUGUAUUUUUUUUUGUGAAAAACGUACGUUUUAGUAUUAAGAGGCAGGAUAUACUUAAUAAAUGUAUUUAGUUUAUGUAUGUAUAUAGGAAAUAUUUAUUUGUUAUUAGGGGUUAUAUUUAAGUAGUUGUAAACUUAUUAUUAGUACAAUGUAAUUAACUGUUAUAAAUACGGCUGAUACCAAAAAUCUGUACAUAGAAUAAAGUAGCUAUAAGUAGUUAAACAAUAAAUAAUAUUU